CUCUACGGAACGGUUCAUCACUCGGAAAAUGCGGUUAAUCUUCUAGUUUUUGUUCUAGCACAGAGUAGUGCCACGACCACGGCCACGAGCACAUCCAUAGCCAGAGCCAGAGCCAGAGCCACCUUCAGGUGUUUGGCGCCAAGCUGCCCAUUUCGUUUUGUGGCAGAGAGACAAAUUGUUUAUCUUGUGUCAAGUGCUGGGGUAGACAUUUCCACAUCCGCACUCACACGCUCAGAGGGAGCGCAACCCAUUCCAGUCCUGCCCAGGAGCCAGCCAGGCAGUCAGUCAGUCAGUCAGUCAGUGAAAGUUUGUGUCGCCAUCUCUCUGUUGGCUGGCUGUUGUGGGUGCCGUCUGUGGAGUACUUAACAAAAAACAGUAAACCUGCUCCUGCUCCCGCUUCUACUCCGGAUCGUUGUGGUGCUAUCGCUGUUGCUGCCACUGCUCCACGCGUGCGGUUUGGGGAGUCGAAAUCGGAUGACAUUAUCUCUCAGUGGGCUGCGGGCCGCAGGACUUUUGUGGUGGAUCCCCGUGGGGAUGGUGUUGGUGGUUGCGCUGCCUCAGCCACAGCCACAGUCUCUGCCUCUGCCUCUGCAGCAUUGUUUUUGUUUGCGAGACCAAAAUUAAAUGCGAAACGAGUCCUCGCACCUUAGGCAUGCAUCUUUAAUCAGCACCGAUGAAUUUCCAUUCCACACCGUGCCGCACUCCGUGCCCCCGUGGAUAUCCGUGCGAAAUGGUUACGGCGUAUGAAUAAGCAAUGAAAUAAGCGCUCCCAGGCAUUUGUCAUUUGGCAAAGUGAAAUUUGAAGUGACUGUGAAAAUUAAGACAAAUGCGUGCUCCUCCUCCGGAUUACUUUGCCCAUUAAACCAAACUCAGACGAGCAUCUAGCCCGCAGGCGAUUCCACGAAGCUCGAAUCCCAGCUAAAUUUGGACUUAACUAGUCUCUACCGCAACAAAAGCAACAAAAGAUGGAGGCUAAAGCUGGCUUAAGUUCGCAGGAGGAAAGGUCCCUGAAAGGUUCAGAGAAACUCAAAAUGCUGGACAUUACGCGCGAUAAGCCCGUGAAGGUGGCCGUCAAAGUGGCCGUGCCCGUGAGAGAUCACCCCAAGUUCAAUUUCGUGGGCAAGCUGCUGGGGCCCAAGGGAAACUCGAUGAAGCGCCUCCAGGAGGACACCAUGUGCAAGAUGGCCGUGCUGGGCCGCGGCUCGAUGCGGGACCGGCGAAAGGAGGAGGAGCUGCGCGCCAGCGGCGACAAUCGGUAUGCCCACCUCUUCGAGGACCUGCACGUGGAAAUAUCGACGUUCGCCGCCCCGGCCGAGGCACAUGCCCGCAUCGCCUAUGCCCUGGCGGAAGUGCGUCGGUUUCUGGUUCCGGACUACCACGAUGACAUUCGCCAGGAGCAGAUGUGGGAGAUGCAAGCGCUCACGUCCACGCCAGGACUGGCCACACAGCUGGACGACUCCCAGAGCCCCACCACCAGCAACAGUACGGGAACGGGCACGGGCACGGGCACGAAUCCCAAUCCGAGCGUCAGCACUUGCCGGGGGCUGGCCGGUGGCCUGGCGGACAUGGACACAUCGAACGAUGACAAAUCGGACAAUGACAUCAGUGGCAUGGACUGCCUCUCGCCCGAUAAGCUCGACUGCUCCCCGGCCUGCGGCAGCAUCAGCAUCACGACCACCACCGAGCAUGCACACAGCCAUGCCCACGCCCACGCCCAUCCGCAGCAUCAGCAGCAGCAGCAGCAGCAGCAGCACCACCAUCAUCACCACCACCACGGCCAUCCUCACAGCCACGCCCACGCCCACACCCACGCCCAUGCUCAACCGUCGCACUUCCACCAGCUGCUGCAGCAGGCCCACGGCGGAGCCAGUGCAGCGGCAGCGGCAGCCUGCGGGGAGCAUCUGUCCGGACAGGCCACCCCGGCAGCGGCAGCGGCACUGCACACGACAGCCAUGGCAGUGGCGCUGCAGCACCAGCUGACAGCUGCCGGAAUCGGAGGACUCCUGAAGCCGGCGGCCGGGGUGGGGGCAACCAUGGCCGGCCUGCCGACCACCCAGGCCAGCGCCGCGGCCCUCCAGCUGCCCAGCUGUGCCGACGGGGAGGCAGCCGCAUCCACACUGACGCUGCUUGAGCCGCCCGGCUCCGCCCUGCUCCAUCCCGCACUGCGCAACGUCAAGACCAUCAACAUAGGUGGCGGCCUGGGACGUAAGCGCCCGUUGCUGGGCGUUCCCCGGACUGGCAUGAAUCCCACCAAGCGCACGGUGAUGAGUCUGCUGGCCAGGGCCAAGAACUCGCAGGCAUUGCACUCGGUGCGACAGCCGGUGGUGACAGCAUCCAGCUAUGCAGAGCCCUUGCAGAUGCUGGCGUCGCCCUUCAUCAUUCCGCACCACCAGGCCGUGGACCAGCACCAGCACCAGCCCCUCCUGGCGCUGUCCAAGGAGAGUCUCGCCCAAGGCGUCUAACCCAUUGACCUCCUACAGCUGCGGCUGCCCACGGCUGACCACGGUACCAGUCCAUCCCGACCGCCUUCGAUGUGCCCCGCCUCCUUCUUUUAAAGAGAUCUCGAGGAUGGAUAUGGAUGCCCCCCUCCGCCUACCCUGCUAGCCAUUAAUGUAUGUAUACCCCCACGUACACGAAUGACCCGUACCCGGGUGCAUGUAUGACCGAUCUUUAGGGACUAACUGUGAACUUAUACGAACGAGAUGUGUCGCGUCUACAGUGGACACUCGUGCUCGUGCCACACGAUUUUAUUUUUUACUGAUAAUAAACGGAGCGAAUAUUUUCAAUGCGAUGUUUUAUUUCCACAGAAGAAAACAAAAACCAAAAAACUAAAAAAACCAAACAAAAGAAAUGUUAAAUUUAAUGGAAUAAAGUUUAAAACAAAUUGAAACCUAAAAUUAGUGUCAAAUUAAUAAGAGAGCAACUUCAAUAGAAAUAAAAUGUAAACGCAAUUACUUUAAACAAAUUACUUUAACUAAAUAUAUACACACAAAAUACGAAUGCGAAACGAAUACGAAGCGAAUGCGAAUGCGAAUUCGAGUACCGAACACACAAGUACCAUACAUAAAUACUUAUAUACAAUACAAGCAAGCAAACAAACACACACAUGCAUGCAUGCAUAUACAAAAAUAUAUAUAUAUAUGUACAACUAUAUGUAUGUGUGUAUGUACUUAAAUAUAUACAUAAACUAAGAUUAAACCGAACAAAACUACUAAAUUAAUGAGAUAAUAAUUUUAAAGAGUUUUAACAGCAAAACAAAAACAAAACGAAACAAAACGAAAACGAAGACAAAGUCAAAGAUGGAAAAGUUAACCGUAAGCUUUCAGAUGGAGUAGACAAACAGACAGACAGACAGAGCCCCGAUCAGAGAGAUCCCACCGCCUUCAGCUUACUUUGCCUGAUUGAUUGAUUGAUUGAUUGAUGGAUUGAUUAAUAGUAGUGUAGACCCAUUCAGCCCCAGAGCUUUUGUGCAGAUUAAAUCCAGAUGCUAGAUACAAAUGAUAGAUAGUUCGGUUUCAGAUCAAGAACGGAAUGUUUCAGCACAUCGAAAGCAUCAAAUACCUAGAGAUUUAUAUUUUGUUCAGAUAGUACAUACAUAUAUAGAGCCAAAUACAUGAAGAUAGUAAACAAACCGGUUAGAUCUUUGGUCUGGAUUCUCCCAUCUCCCGCACCUGGCUUCGAUGCUCCGGAAUAGAGUCUUUGAUAAUGAAUUGAUAGUCACACUACAUAAGGGAAUUUGAUCGGAAUCGUUUCUAUGUUGCACCUUAAGAGAUAUUACCCUAUUUCCCGGAACUCCACAGCUAGAGAUUUACACUUGGACGAGAGCAAGGAGAGGCACAAACACAGUACAUACAUAGCGAUAACCGAUAUACAAUAAUAGCAAACAAACAAGCAUUAAUCGAUAAAUGUUCACAAAAGUUUAAUCAAAAGGAAACGAAGCGAAAUGAAAUGAAUAUUUACAAGGCGUAAAAUAAACGUUAAACAACAAAAUACAGUAAAUUAUUGAUGUUGAAUGAAAGAAAGUAAAUCCGUGUAAGGUCCUCUACUCUCAUAUCCUAUCCACAUGCCAUUACGUGUAGAUGUCUAUUAUGCAACUUGAAAUAAUAAUACAUAAUUAAACAAAGUCUUAAUGGCACAGGCAACCCACUCAGUGUGAGAAAUUGCAGCCAACUCCAACAACACCAACAAC